AUGGCUUCAGAUUCAGACUACAUGUCCUUCUUGGAUAAGGCGAACAAACAGCGCGAUGCAGGAAAGGAUGAAGCACAUACCGAGGAAUCUGCACAACAGUCUAAACAAGUACGAACCGAGACCGUCGAGAAGGGCGUCAAAGUGCCGGAACAGCUGAAGAAGGUUGAUGCGUUCUAUGUGUCCGAGACAGAUGAGCCGUUUGAGCCCGUGGCGCUGAGUUGGAAGGGGGCUUCGAGUGGGAAGUGGCCUGGAAAUGAUGAAUUCGCAUCCCUCAUCGCCUCCGGAUCCAAACCAGAUAUCGAGACCCUAUCUGAGAAAUCGUUUGAUCCACGAAGUCAAUAUAGCAGCGUGAUCAAGGCAGUGCGCGCGGCAGUGGCUGCGUCGGAUUCCAAGGUCAGUGAGAGCGACGUGGAAGUCAAGGUAUAUCGAGUCGAGGUCGGCCAUUCUAGGGUGGAAUACUGGGUAAUUGCUCUGGAUGGUGCUGAGGGGAAGAUUGUUGGGCUGAGGGCGAAGGCUAUUGAGUCCUGA